GAGCAGACUCGACCUGCCCAACGUAGCUUGGAACAGCGCUCGCUCUUAUACUCGAUGACAAUUCGGUUAUACCAAGUGAUAUAGCUGAUCAGUGGGACUUGCUCACUUCUGCGUGACUGUCGUAGGAUAUCUUUCACACUGGUUACAAUUUCAUCUAAACAUAAAGAAGCAUAAAUAUUUUCCAACGUCUCCAAAAGGAUAUAUUUUUCUAUCUGCCGGAGGAGGUCAUUUAAUCCAAAAUGCCAGCCGACACCAUGGAGAAACAAACGGCAUCCCCUAUUGCUGGUGCACCUGCAAAUGGUUCCCAUACUCCAGACAAACCCAAGAAUGCCAGCGAGCAUAGAAAGUCCUCAAAACCCAUCAUGGAGAAACGUAGGAGAGCGAGGAUAAACGAAAGCCUUGGCCAACUCAAGACACUCAUCCUCGAUGCACUUAAAAAAGAUAGUUCCAGACAUUCUAAAUUGGAGAAAGCCGAUAUUCUGGAAAUGACAGUGAAGCACUUACGGAAUUUACAACGUGUGCAGAUGACUGCAGCGUUGUCAGCAGACACUACUGUCCUCAGUAAAUACCGAGCGGGAUUCAACGAAUGCAUGAACGAGGUCACUCGCUUCUUGUCCACCAGCGAGGGGGUGAACACGGAGGUGAAGUCGCGGCUUCUCAACCACCUGUCAGGUUUCCUAGGCCAGAUGAUCGCCAUGAACUACCCCCAGCCAACUCCAACUCAACAGGCUCACAUUGGGCAGCCUCUUCACGUGCAGCUACCUUCUACCGUGCCCAACAGUGUCUCUAUGGGUUCCAAACUCAGCACCGUGGAAGCCUUGUCUCCUCAAGUUUUCGGGGGGUUCCAGCUUGUGCCUGCCACCGAUGGACAGUUUGCUUUUCUUAUUCCCAACCCUGCAUUCGCCUCAGCAUCAACCCCAGUCAUCCCUCUGUACGCUAACGCAGGUGUAUCUAUGACAGUCAACGCCAGUCCUGUCCACUGCAGCUCUGCGCCAACAGCAUCAUCCCCAGUCCAUGGGAUGACAUCAUUCGUCGGUGUUUCUCAGGCCGUCAGCCCUGUCGGUGUCAGCACUGGUUCGGAGAGCACUGAGGCUGUUUGGCGACCCUGGUAGUUUGGUUGAAAUGGACUCUACAAUAAUGAAAGUUAUUUUCAUGAAGUAAAUAGUUCCGUUCUAGGGGACAUCGUUUCAUUUGUUGGACAUGGUAAACGUUUGUUUAAGUUAUUGGCUGAUUCCAAAAUUUGGAUGUUGGUGAUAAAUAUGGUGUCCAUGCAAUGGAAGAUUUAUUCAAAUGUUUGUGAUGAAGUACCUUUUAUGGAAAUAUUUAGUUUUGUACAAAGUUUAUAUUGAUUGUUAUACCAAAGCUGUGUGUUUUUAUAUUGUUUGUCGUUUUAUGUUUGGAAAUUGAUGUUGGGCCGUGGCCCAUUGACCUAAUAAAUCAGUUGUCAGAAAUUAA